AACUACUAUCAUUAUAAUGUCGCAUAAUAUUACAGUACUCGCAGGAGAUGGAAUUGGUCCAGAAGUUAUCGGACAAGCCACUCGCGUUUUCGACAAGAUCUCAGAAGUCAAUCCUAGCAUCAAAUUCAACCUGACCCAUAAGUUGUUUGGUGGAUGCGCUAUUGAUGCUACCGGUGAACCACUUCCAAGUGAUACACUCGAAAGCUGUAGAAACUCGGACGCUGUACUGAUGGGAUCAGUUGGUGGUCCAAAGUGGGGCCCAAGCUCACCAGUCCGUCCAGAGCAAGGUAUUCUCGCUCUCCGCAAAGCGCUUAACCUCUUCGCGAACAUCCGUCCAGCUUCAUUUGCUUCAGAUAGUUUACUCGCAUACACACCACUUAAGGAAGAAGUAGCCAAGGGUACUGAUGUUAUCAUCUUAAGAGAAUUGACUGGUGGUAUCUACUUCGGAAAGCGUCAAGAAGCUGAUGCCAAUGGCUAUGCUUUCGACACUAUGGAAUAUUCACAAUCAGAGGUCGAAAGAAUCGCUAGAGUUGCUGCCGAACUCGCGCUCUCAUAUAAUCCACCACUUCCAGUCCAUAGCAUUGACAAGGCUAACGUCCUUGCUACUUCACGUCUCUGGCGUAAGACAGUCACGGAGCUUUAUGCCAAGGAAUACCCACAGAUUGAGCUCGAUCAUCAUUACGUUGACUCUGCUUCGAUGUUCCUCGUCAAUAACCCACGUAGACUUAACGGUGUAGCGCUCAUGGAGAAUCUCUUUGGUGAUAUUCUCUCAGAUGAGGCCUCUGUCAUUCCAGGUGCUUUGGGUCUACUCCCAUCAUCAUCUUUGAGCGCUGUUCCAAACAAGGAAAAGAAGACAUUUGGUUUGCACGAGCCAAUUGGCGGUAGUGCCCCUGAUAUCGCUGGUCAAGGAAUCGCUAACCCAGUUGGUACAAUCCUCUCUGCAGCACUUCUCCUUCGCUACUCACUUGGAUUGCAUGCUGAAGCUGCUGCUGUUGAACUUGCUGUAAGAAAGGUUCUUGAUGAUGAGAAGAUAGGUGGACGUGGCUUGCGUACUGGCGACUUGGGUGGAAAAACCAAGACAGCUGAGUUUGGUGAUGCGUUCAUCGAAGAGCUGGAGAAAGCUUUGAAAGCAUAGCAUUGU